GGUAUAAAUAUUGUUGUUGAACCAAGGAAAAUUCAGUUAAUUUUGAGAAAUCAUCUCGUCAUUCUUAAAUCAAGCAACAUGAUAUUUUUCCGCAAUCUAUUGGUAGUAGCUCUGAUCGCUUUGGUGAUCAUGACUUUGUCGGUCGAGGGAAAUGAGAAAAAUAGACAACGACGUUUGAGAAAGCUUGAAGAACGAAAGAAAAGUAGAGCUAGCGAUGAAGGUGCUUCAACUUCAGGGCGUCCAGAAGCUACCGAUCAUUCAGGAGAUUAUGAAAUAGCAAAUGCAAUUGGAAGAUCCAUGUAUUCGGCGACCAAUAACGAAGAGAUGGCUGCUGCGAUACGAGCAAUGGCUCAUAUGCUAAGCGGUAUGCAAGUGGGACCCCCAGGAAUUGUUACAAAUGAAACAGAGAAGAAGGAAAAGAAAUAAUGUUAUUAAACGAUUUUUUUGUAUGCUUUUCAUUUUGAUAUCAACAAUAAAAUGUUUCAAUUCAGCAAAAUUA